AUUUCUGAGACGUGCCAUAGAUUGAAAAAGCGAAAAUGAGGGUAGCAGGAGCUGCAAAGUUGAUGGUGGCUGCUGCAGUAUUUGUAUUGACAUUUUGUGUUAUUUCUCAAGUAUUUGAAAUUAAAAUGGAUGCAAGCUUAGGAAAUCUAUUUGCUCAGUCUGUGCUGGACUCAGCCACUCACUCUACGAAGCCUCCCAGGUACAAAUGUGGAAUCUCAAAAGCAUGCCCUGAGAAGCAUUUUGCUUUUGAAAUGGCCAGUGGAGCUGCCAAUGUCGUGGGGCCCAAGAUCUGCCUAGAAGACAACGUUUUGAUGAGUGGUGUUAAGAACAAUGUUGGAAGAGGAAUAAAUGUUGCCUUGGUAAAUGGGAAAACAGGGGGAGUGCUAGACACCAAAUAUUUUGACAUGUGGGGAGGGGAUGUGGCACCGUUCGUUGAGUUUCUGAAGAACAUACCAGAUGGAACAGUCGUGUUAAUGGCAACACACGACGAUGGAACAACCAAACUUACUGAUGAGGCGUGGAGGCCCAUUGCUGAGCUGGGUAGUAGGUCCAUCACCAGCCUUGGUUUUCCAGAUAACUGAGUCUUCUGUGGUGGGAAGGGCAUUAAGAUAAAAAGCCCCUUUGAACAGCACAUAAAGAGCAAUAAGGAUACAAACAAGUACGAAGGAUGGCCUGAGGUGAUCGAGUUGGAAGGAUGCAUCCCCCCAGAAGCAAGACUGAAGGGAGUGUGGAGAGGAGAGGAACGCACUUUGACCCUGAAGGAGAGCUGGGAAGCAGCCGCUCGGUGUACAUAUUUUAGUAGCAUGCAGCCAGCCAGGGUGUGCAUGAGCCAGAUCGCUCUGUCGAUUCCAGGAUUAUUUAUUGCUAACAUAAAUGGCUACCUUUGUAAAUAGUCCUCAUACUGAACAAAUCACUGAGCCAUUUUUAAGCACAGUUCCCUAAAAGUGCAAUGUUUAGAUUUGAGUGGCAAUAAUGUACUUUAAUUCUAAAAGCGUAUUCAGUGGGU